AUGGGAGGCUGUGCGAGCAAACCCAGGGAGUUUGACAUCUCUGUCGAGGCUCCUGCCAACCCUGAGAAGCCUCAGCUUGAGACCGCUGCUCCGGAGAACACUAAUGGAGGUGAGAGUCAGAUUGAAAAACCUUUGGUAGAUCUUUCUGAACCAGAAAAGGAGGCUCAAGGCUCGUCCUCCGAGCCAAACACCACUGCUGCUGAGCCAGUUUCCUCAGAGACGGUUGCUGAGACCGCCAGACCAACAGAGGACGACGUUAAAGCCGCUGCCAUGAAUGCGGAGGAUAAGGUUGAGGUUACUGAUAAGACCACAGUGGCGGCAAAGGAGGUUGAAGCUGAAAAAUCAAGUGCCGCCCCAAGCAAGGAAGAAGUUAAAAGUGAUGCACCUCUCGUCUCUGCGUGA